UUUUCCAGGAAUGGGAAAACACUACUUCUACGAAUUGAACAACCCUGAGUGCAAGCGGAGAAAACCAUUCUUUGUUUUGUACAAUGAAGGAAGACUUGUAGGUGUUGGGCUGGCUGGAUUUGGAUCUUUCACCAGAAACCAAAAAACCCAAAGCUACUAUGAGGACUUCCCACUUGAAGCAACAAGGAGCAUUAUCCCCAAUGCGCCCGAGUGUAUACAGGAGUACAUCAGAAAUUAUGGUCUGACAAUGAUGCACGUUUUCCUGGUAAAGAACGCUCCGAAGAUAAGCUGUCCACCAGAAGAGUGGCGUUCUACUCACUGCUAGUUGUUAAGUUUGUCUC